GGCGCGGCGGCAGGACCGGGCCCCGGAAGCACGGCAGCUGAAGGCCUGGCGCUCGUGGGAAGGGAACCGAUCCUCAGGGGGAACGAUUGGGGUUUGGCUGAACGCUUAUGGCAUUAAGACGGGUGAGGCCAAUUUGAGGCUCGUCUGCCCCGUGCUACGGAAGCAAGAAAAGAAGCGGGCCUUUGUUGGGGGUGCGGAGGCCGUUGCCGGGGGUGCUGGCCUAUAUCGGAAGGGCAGCAGCGAGGCCAUCGCGUGGUGGGGCAGGGGAGCUCGCAUAGAGCGCGCCAGCUGUAGGCAGGUUGGGGUGGUGGCGGAGCUUCACAGGAAGGUCAGCAAGAUGGAGUCAGUUCUGCCGUUCCUAGUUUCAAAGGUGCUCAUGUGGCGUGACGGUUCCACUGCAACGCACAGCAAGUCGGCGAAAGACCGCAAGACAUCUGAACUGAAGUCGCAGCUGCAGUGUGCGGGGGUGAAGGGCUGCCAGCUCCUGGGGGAAGGCAUCCCCCCCAACUGCGUCAGCCUUGCGCACCUGUGCAAGCUAUCUUGGGCGGAUGGCACGUGCCACCUGCUGGGCUUGUCCAAGGAGGACGUCUCAUCACCGCGCAACGCGUUGCUGCUGUCCAAGCCCAUCGAGCGCGCCUACGACAACUCGGCUGUUUGCUUCUACGAGGACCCAGCGGACAAGAAGCUCAAGCUACACAUCCUGUGGGACGAGCUCAAGUCGCAGAAGCUCGCUGACUGCCAGUGGCUGGGAGGGCCCAAGGGCAAGGGCUAUGCUGAGUUGACCAAUGCGUUCGGCGACACAACAUACGGCGACCUGGAGGCGCGGCCCCUACAAUACUACAGCAGCACGGUGGUCCCCUUUCGCCGCGUGCUCAGCGCCCAUGCGCAGCUGAGCCUCAACCUGGCACAGCGGGAUGGCAAGAUGGCUGGGAGCUGGACCUUCCAGGACUAUCGCUCCAUAGAAAACGUCCUCACCUGGCUUCGAACUGCAGAGCUGCAGGAGCCGCCCAUAGCAGGCAGCGUGUCGGAGUUGGCGGAGGUCAUGAGCAUGAGCAGUGCUCCCGCUGCACUGACGUGGCAGGAGGCUGGCUGGCAGCGGCAACGUGCAGCCGCCAGCAGCGACUGCUGCGCACAGGGCUGUACGACUAGGCUGUGGCGGCGGGGCGGUAGCUGCAGCCGCGCACGGAACCGCGUGGCGGCGCUGCUGGUGGUGCUUGGUGCUGGGGAGGCUGCUGGCAUGGGCAUGUAG